AUGCAACGGUCCCAGGAAAAACACAAGUCGUGGGCCUCUGUCGAUUCCGUGUUGGAUUACGAACACGGCGGGAUGUCAUAUACGGCAAGGAGAACCACCAAAAACAGCAGCAAGCUGAAGUUCGUUGUGAUUUUACUUGUGUGCUACUCAUUUUUUAUCUCUUUCAUAAACUACGGUCGGGUUUCGAGAGAUACUGAGUCACCGGUCGACUCUGAUGCCCUGACAAGCGGAAAAAAGAACAUAAUUAUGAUGGUGACUGAUGGAACAGGUCCUGCAUCGAUCAAUAUGGCACGUUACUUCAGACAAUAUAGAGAUAAGCUCGAUAUCGAUGACGUCCUCACACUCGACAAGUACUUCAUUGGAUCGAGUCGCACUCGGAGCUUGUCAUCAUUGAUUACUGAUUCUGCUGCUGGUGCAACUGCCUUUUCCUGUUCGUUAAAAUCUUACAACGGGGCUAUUGGCGUCGACGGCAACAAGAAGCCGUGCGGUACCAUUUUAGAAGCCCUGAAGCUUCAAGGUUACAAAACAGGGUUAGUGGUGACUACAGGUAUCACUGAUGCUACUCCUGCUUCGUUCAAUGCACACGCCGACUACAGAUACAUGCAGUCUUUGAUUGCAAACCACCAGUUAGGCUAUGACACAUCGCUGGGAUUAGUCACAGAUCUAAUGAUUGGAGGUGGUCAGUGUUUCUAUCUUCCAGGUUCUCAUCCUCAAGGAUGUAGAGACGAUGAGGUUGAUCUUUUGGAAAAAGCAAGAAACUCAAACUUUACCGUUGCCACCAACAAACAAGAAUUUGAUCAGCUUCAACUCGGAGCUAAUGCGUCUUUGCCAUUGCUUGCUCUGGUUGCUUACUAUAAUAUUCCAUAUGAUAUCGACAGACAAGAAAAUGAAUACCCAAGCUUGGACGAGGAGGUCAGAACAGCAUUGACUCUUUUGACUGAGGCAACCAAAGAUUCCGACCAAGGAUUUUUCCUGCUUAUCGAAGGAUCGAGAAUCGAUCACGCUGGUCACUCGAACGAUCCUGCCGCACAGGUUCGUGAGGUUUUGGCUUACGAUAAAGCCUUCAAAACUGUCAUCGACUACAUUGAUAGUGCAGAGACAGAGACUUUCAUGGUUUCCACCUCUGACCACGAAACGGGAGGUUUAGCAGUUGGUCUCCAGAUUGGUUCCAACUAUCCUGAAUACCGAUGGAAACCAGAUGCUUUGCUCAACGCUACCAAGUCGGGUGAAUACCUAGCUAAGAAGUUUUCUGCUUUCCAACAACAAACUUCGGACAAAUCUGAGUUGGAGGAGUUCAUCAAGACCGAGAUCUUUGAGACCGAUCUAGGAAUACUUGACUACACGGAACACGAGGUCUCUCAUAUUAUAAAUCACCCAGAGUCUGCACAUGAUCAUUUUGUUGAAAUGGUUUCGGUUCGUGCAGAAGUUGGCUGGUCUACUCACGGCCACACGGCAGUGGAUGUCAAUAUUUAUGCUCACUGCAAUACGGAUAGAGGAAAGGCGGCUUUGCAUCAUUACCUUGGCGGUAACGUUGAGAAUACCGAUAUUGGUAAGUUUUGGGAGCAGAUUACCAAUUCUGAUUUGCAGCACGUGACUGGUCUAUUAGAUGGCACGAAACAUGUUCCAACCCCAGCAGAAGUUGAGGAUGAGGUCCACAUGUUUGAGCAAGAGCACGGCUUUAUUGAUCAUCGUGCCGAGGCUCCGGAAUUGCCAUGA